AUGAAGGAAUAUAGAAAAUCAAGCUUUAUGAUGGAAAGCUCAAGAAAUAAUAAAAUAGAUUUAGUUUCUGAAUAGUCCAGGUAUGAAGAAGAUGAAGAAUUCGAUGAUGAUUUUAGUCCUAGCGAAAAGUUAAAUAGGAAAACAGGUAAACCAUACAGUGGUUAAAACCCAUUUUCAAAAUUGAACUUCCAAACUAAAUAUACUGAUUAAGAUACUGACUCUAAUAUUUAAAAAAUUCAUAAGACUCCCCUUAUUUUUAAGGAAGCAAAAUUUGUAAUGAAGCCAUUAGAUUAAUUUUUAGAGGAACAACAAAAAGAUAAAAUGAGCAAUAGUUUGAAAUUAAAUUUUAAUAGCACUCUUGGAAAGGAUAAAGGGGCUCUGUCUAAGAAUGGUUCUCAUCAUAUACCUCUUGGUUUUGGAAAAUAAACCCAAAGUUUAAGUAGCAUCAAUUCAACCAAAAUAAAGUAGAUAUUUGAUUUGUCACCUACAAAGCAGAAAUCAUCACACUCAUAGAAGAAUGAAAAUAACUUUGCAGCUUAAUCAGCUACAAUACCCACAAUUACAAAAACAGAUUCAUCAACUAUAGAGGAAAAGGAAAGUCCUAAAAUAAAAAAUAUAUUUAAUGAUAAUAUCGAUUUAAAAUCAAGUAAUGUGACACCUUUAUUUGAUACAGGACCUAGGUAUGAUUAAAAUAAAAAUUUACUUUCUUAUUCUAUAGUUGGAAAACCUGAGUGGUACUAAAAAAUAGACUAAUAAAAAAAUGGGAGUAAAUUAACUCACAUGAAUAUGAAAAAUAUCCCCUAGAAUCGUAAUGCUUCAGGUUUGAAAUAACAAAAUUUUGAUAUGAAGUCUGUUUUGUCUAAAGCUAGAAAAACGAAUAGAGUAAGUGGGGAUGGUGGAAGUACUGAAAAAAAUGGUAAGUCUCAAACAGUAACAAAAGAUCAUUUGUUGAUGAAGUAUAACGAGAUAGAAAAUAGAGUUCUGUAGAACUAGUAAAAAUAAUAUGAUGAAUAAAGCAGCAUGAGAUUUUAAGAGCGCUUAGACGAGACAAGAUAAUUAAGAAGUUUGAACAAUUAUGACACCUAAAGAGAGAAAUGGCUAACCACAGCACAAACUUUAAUUGCAAAGUAGGAUCCAUCCCAAGCUUUACUAGGUAAAGGUGCUUUAGCAUAAAAAAGCUAUAAAAAGUAUAAAAAUUAUACGAGGUAGAAUAUUGAAGAUACUCUACUUAUGAGAAGUGAAGAUACUUAUAGAGCAAAAAAAGAGUAGGGAGAAUAUUUAGAACACUUAAAGGAUCCAUUCGAGUAUUUAGGGUAGAAAAACUUGUGGGAAGGUAUGCUUAGAAAUGAUGCCAUUGAUAUCACUACAAAAUAUUCUCAAAGAAAGAGAUUAGAUGAUUAUUUUUUCUCCAAAUCAAAUGAUAAUUAGUAAAAGUAAUUAUAAUCUCAUAAUAACUUAGAAUAAUAAACAGAAGAAACUCUACAUUUAAAUAAUAAUUAAAAUUAAGUAAAUGAAGAAUAAAAUCAACAUCUAUUUUAAAAGUAAAAAACUAUUUAGAGCCAUAGGAGAAAUACUAGUUUAAAAGGGUUGUUAAAUGAUAAUUAAUAAAAUAAAUAAAAUGAUUAGUUCUUUACUAAGAGCAUUCUUAAAACUUAAGGCCUACCUCGAUCUACUAAGGUUGAUUUAACUUUUAGGAAAUCUGAUUAUACAGUUAGAGAAUUAAGUUAUACUCAUGGUGUGAGAAUAUAGACAGCCUUAAAUCAUGAAAAUUUGGAAAUGAUCAGGACUCCAAGAUGUUUAUUUGAUACAAAUACUUCUACUCAAAAUAACACUCUUAAAAAUCUUACAUUCAAGGACUCGGAUAAGUCUGGCUUUCACUCUUCAAGGGGAUUAACAAAAACUUUUAAUAUAAGCAACUACUUUUUAGAAAAAGAAAAGGAAUAAACCUCUAAAUAUGGCUCGAUCAUGAAAUAGCCUUAUUUAGACUAUUUUACAUAAUCAGAAGCAGAUUAUUUGGCAAUUCAUGGUGAAAGUAAGUUGCACAUAGAAAAAAAUUCAUUAUUAAAUGAUGGUAAAUAAAGAUCUGAAGCAUACUAGCUUAUUAACUUAGACCUAUUGAAACCAAAAAAAGAUACUGAUUAGAGUCCUGUAGAAAAUCUUUAGCUUUAAAAAAAUUAGUCCAGCCAGCAAAGACCUAAUUCGACUGAUUAAAGUAAAUAGUUGUAGAAUCAUAGUUUUGUUAAGCAGUCGAACAUUUCUAGAAUGAUGCUACUCUAGUAGAGUUAGGGGUCAUAAGAUUAGAAAUCUCAUUUUGAAAAGCAGCCAUCAUAAAAGGAAGGUGAUUCCUAAAAAAAUAAUUUAAAGACAUAGCUCAGUAAUGAUAAUAAGUCAUAAUUUAAAAAGUGA